CGACCUCCUUUGACCCCUUAAUCACUUCCCUUCGCCCUCUCGCAGCGAAACCCUGUCGUGUGCUCUCCCAUCGCUUCGAAUUGCUCGAAUCUGUGCUUACAUACAUGACGCAUGCAAACAACGUGACACCUCUUUGUCGCAUGCAAACAACGUGAUACCUCUUUGCCGCAUGCAAAAAACGUGACACCUCUUUGCCGCAUGCAAACAACGUGAGAGCGAGGAGCCGCGGAUGCUAGGGAUGAAGAUUGGCAAGAAGAUGAUGGAGCAUUGAACAGCAUAUCACAAUUGUAUCCUGGCUAGACUUGUGCGCAAUCGAAUUGCGAGGUAGGAGCGGAUCUGAAUGAUGUAUACAACGGAAGACUUCUACAACCUGGAAUAUGAACAUCGUACUCAGAUUUGGUAACCUCUUGACGAGCUUCACCGGGCUUGUUAUCAGAGUCAACGCACCAGCUGCCUCGAGAUAAAAAAUUUCUCCAGUAUCACCGAUCAAUCACAACAAGAAGGAUGAUAAGGGAUCGACUGCAGGAAUCUCUUUCGUAAGAGCAAAGUGUCACGAAUAUCCGAGAUAAGUAGCAAAAAACAGCACUUUCACCUUUGAAGAGGAACACCUGAAGCAUAACUGCGGUUGUCCGAACCAACCAAUGAGUAGAAGCUUCCAUUCACUUGUAACACAUUCAGGAAGACCAUGUCUUUCACCAUCGACAAAAAGUCUAGUUUGGAACGACACUUAUCAGAUAACGUCGUCCUGGGCAAGCAUGUGAUAGAUAGAAGAACGAGGAAAGGCGAUCCUGGAUACUAGUUUUUUCUAUUAUAUACUUUCUUCUUGUGUUUUUUUCCGCUUCUAUCUCACCAUCUUCUGUUUCAUGCAGUUGGUCACCGAAGCCGGGCGAAUCUUUUGUAGAACUUGAAGAACUUUUUAAAAGAUUGGACCAUAGAAGUAAAGAUGUUCGAUUUAAAGAUUGUGAAUUGGCAAACUAUCUAUCAACAAGAUUGAGGAACUUGUAGUCUGUAGAUGGUGGAGAGAUGGAUUUUUUGGAAGUAUCAAGUGAUAUCAAAAAUUUAGAGCUUGUGAGAAUUAUAAAUGAAGGUGCAUUUAAAAAGGUUUAUGAAUCAAAGUGGUUUGGACUUGCAAUUGCAACAAAAAUAAUGGAUGCUAGUUGGAAUGAUAUGUUCAUGAAAGAAGUGGGUAUCUUGGCUAUCACAAGUCAUUCAAACUUGAUCAAAUAUUAUUAUGCUGCCAAAAGUAAUGCAAAUGAGAAUGGAGAGUGUUCAAAGAUGAAUAAAUCAAGAGAAAACGGUUACUUGGUGAUGGAAUUGAUGCAAAUAAGUUUGAGCAACAUAUUGGAGGCAAAAAGAGCAAUGCCAUACUACUUUCUUAUUGAUGUUAUUUAUCAAAUUGCAAGAAGAAUGUGUUAUUUACAUGACAUAGAAAUUGCACAUCGAGAUUUAAAGUCGGAGAAUGUACUACUUAAUGUAAUAGAUGAUGGUAAAUCUGGUAAUGGUUUACAUUAUGCUGUUGGGAAGUUGAUUGAUUUUGGUUGUUCAAAGAUCAAUGUAGGUAGGAAUCCAAAAGUUAAAGAAAAUAAAUACAUAUAUGGGACUUUAAGAUACAUAGCUCCAGAGAUAUUGAAAAGUACAACGAAAUCAAUAGAGAUGUAUGCUUUUGAAGCAGAUGUGUAUUCUUUUGCAAUGACAUGUUCGAAGAUUCUUUCAGGUGAAGAUCCAUUUGAUGGUAUCGACACUAAAAAAGAAUUAUUGAAAAAGAUUGAGAAAGGUGAAAGACCAAAGUUGCCUUCAAAUUGUGAUGAUUUGAGUAAAUUGAUUGAAGAAUGUUGGACUUUGAAUCCUUCAAGAAGACCUAGUUUUGGGGACAUUUGCAAGAGACUCAUAACAUUGAAAAAAAAAUACUUGGUGGGAAUUGAUGUAGCCAAAAUACCUCAUUUUGGAGUAUUUAAGAAAGAAGAUCAUAAAAGAAGUAAAUCAAAAGAUGUUAAUAUUGGUGAUACAUUGAUAAGUUUUAUAUUAGAGAUUUGGUGUGAUAUGAACCUUGCAUUGGUUUAUAUGAUUUUAAGAUCUACACAUUUAAAUAUGUGAAAGUUAAUGAAGUUGUUUUGUCAAAAUAUGAAUAUGUGGUAAGAUUAGUUUUUAGAAACUAUAGCAUGAAUUAUAUAUUUGUUAACAUCUUGAUUUGGUUAAUUGCAUAGGUACAUGAUUGUGAAGACAAUAUAAUGGGUGUAGAACAAUUUUUGUCAAACAUCAAACAACUAUGUAAGAAUGGAAUAAAUGCAUUGUGUUUUGUUGGUAUGAGUGGAAUUGGAAAGACCACAUUAGAAAAGUUUACAUUUGAUACUAUGCAACACAUGUACAAUGUAUUAUGCUUUGUUGAAGGUAUUCAAAAAAAGGAUAGUGCUCUUUCAAUAAUUUGCAAAGUUUUGAACCAACUAAACUUUGAA